AUGUCCCUAGAAUCGAUUCCUGCAGAUGUGCAAAAUGCACUGCAGACAAAUAUCUCUAUGCCAGUUCAGCUGACAGUGAUGUACCCGAGUUUCCAGGCACCAGACUAUUCAACUGGUACAGACUCAGUCGUUGGCCGCAUAUGGGCAUUUGACACUGUUUCAAAUCUGGUCGUCUUGGAGACGGGCAAUUCUAGUGCACUUCCACCUGCGAUGCGGCGUGCUGCAGCUUCGGCUGUGUAUGAAGCUGGAUCGACUCGUGGACCGUCUUCAGGCUUAGUUACAGGCUUUAAGAUUGUUCGUGCAUCGAGUAUCAAACAGUUGAAAGUGCUAAAUGAGGCCCAGUACGAGAAGCUUAUGCCUCAUGGUCCUUCUCAGCUCACGCACAUAAGCGCGGUGCCGGUCGCUGCUAUGGAAGUGCGCGAGGCAGCUGCUACGAAAAAAUGCCAAGAGCGUUCGAUGCAACUAGCACCCUCGGAAGCUAGCGAUAUCGGGCAAAUUGUCUUUGAUGCCGUGAAUAAGACACUUCCGUGCCGUUGGCAUGAAUCGCACAUCAUUGUUCUGGACGAAGUCGUGAUUUCGGGUCCUUCGUACAGUGUCUCAGCUACCUAUGUGCCCAGCUUGUCACGAAACCAGCUCGAGCGUCUGUUGAACGACGACGACGUUGAUGCUGUCCAGAUUGCCUCGCAUGUAGAACGCGCAAAAGAUAAAGCACGCACCUGGCUGCGCGUCACAAAAGUGCUCGACGGUAUCCACACGAAAUUCGCCUUGGUAGAGUAG